CUGGGAAAGGGCGGUGUCGGCUCACGGUCCGGGGCGGGGCCGAGGCGGGGCCCAGCGACCAACUCCACGGUCCGCAGGGCUGAGACCCCGCAGCCAGCUCACGCCAUGAAGCGGCCCAGGGCGCCCAGUGGCUCCGACGGAGAGUCUGACGGACCCAUCGACGUGGGUCGGGAGAACGAUCUCAGCCAGAUGGCCGGGCCGCUGACCACCCCCAGCCCUUCGCAGAUGCAAGCCCGGAAGAAGCGCAGAGGGAUCAUAGAGAAACGUCGCCGAGACCGCAUCAACAGCAGCCUUUCUGAAUUGCGACGAUUGGUCCCCACUGCCUUUGAGAAACAGGGCUCCUCCAAGCUGGAGAAGGCGGAGGUCCUGCAGAUGACUGUGGAUCACCUGAAGAUGCUCCAUGCCUCCGGUGGCACAGGGUUCUUUGAUGCCCGAGCCCUGGCUGUUGACUUCCGGAGCAUUGGUUUUCGGGAAUGCCUCACUGAGGUCAUCAGGUACCUGGGGGUCCUGGAAGGACCCAGCAGCCAUGCCGACCCUGUCCGGACUCGCCUUCUCUCCCACCUCAACAGCUACGCAGCUGAGAUGGAGCCCUCCCCCACACCCACUGGUGCCCUGGCCUUCCCUGUGUGGCCCUGGUCCUUCCUCCAUAGCUGUCCAGGGCUGCCUUCCCUGAGCAGCCAGCUUGCCAUUCUGGGAAGAGUGCCAGGCCCUGUCCUCCCCAACGUCUCCUCUCCCACUUACCCCAUCUCAGCCCUCAGGUCGGCCCCAGUGCACAGAGCUGCUGGCACCGUCCUGCCAGCCCGGCGGAAUUUGAUGCCCAGCCGAGGGGCAGCUCCUGCCCAGAGGGCACAUCCUCCUGAGAGGCCAGCUGCCCUUCCAGCCACAGCCCUCGCUGUCAGGGCUGCCAGGAGCAACCACGUGGUCCCCAUCCUGCCAUGUUCCUCCCCGGCAGCUCCUGGAGCUGGGAAACCUGCCGACAGUGUGUCUGCUUCCACCUCCAGUCCACCUCCUCUGGGGCCAACUGGGAGGUCAGUGGGGGCAGUGCUCUACCACUCCUGGGUGUCCGAAAUCACUGAAAUCGGGGCUUUCUGAGCUGACUCCCCAGAUCAUCCCUUAGGAAUGAGGAAGGAUCUCUAAAAAAUGGUGCCGCCUUUUCCAAUUUGUCUUCUAGAAUGGCUUCUAUGCAAAGGCACCCCUCCUCACCCAUCAGAGCCCCACUUACCAGCCUCACCACCAACCCUACUGCCCACCCGGUCCCCCUGCAGAGCUCAAAGCCUUAGUCUCAUUCCCCACUGGUACAGAUGAGUUACACGGUACCUUGUGCCCCCCUAGACAUUGUGAACCGAGUACACACACAUGUGCCUUGGGUCUGGGGUUGAAGCUUAACUUUAAGGAUUCCCUAGCCAGAGGCAGGCUGCUCCAGCGAGGUGAGACUCCCAGUCAGGAGGACUGGUGGGAUUCGGCCAUCCCAGGCCAACGGGAUGAAAUGUACUGCUCCACUUCCUGAAGACAGAAAUGAAGCAGAGGCUACUGAGAUGUCUCUGUCAUGGACCCCGUAACAGCGGAAAACACAGGACAGAUCUGUUCUCCAGUGCAUCUAAGGCCUGCAGCUAUGGCCGCCCCAGCUUCAGACGCCCACAUGACCACCUGUUGGCUUAGCAAGCCAGGCCAGGAUGAUUCUCCACAGCAGCAAAGCUCUGUGACAGGGUAUCCUUAUUACCAGGUUUCCACAGUGCCAGGGCCGAGGGCAGCGGGAGAGCCCAGCUCCCUGCCUCUCAGGCACCAUGCUCCAGGACUAUGGCCCUUCCCACAGGGUUCUCAGUGUGGAGGACCUGUGUCCCCCGAUGGUGGCACCCCCAAGAGGCAUUCUCUUGGGAUUCGGCACCAGACAUCUGAGCUGCCUGGUUCGCAUCCGGCUCCCAGAGCCCAGACUGCUGCCACAGCCAAGGGCUGUCAGGCUGGAUAAAAAUAACUUGGAGGGGGGGGGGAACAAUCAGAGGCGGCUGGGCUCUUCAAGGUCACGCAGUGGGUCCAGGGCCUGAGAGCCUGCUCACCCAGAUUUCACACAGCUGGCUCUGCUCAGAGGGCAGCUCCGCCUCAGGCCACUCGCCUCUGAUGGGAAUAAAUGGCCAGUGGGACAGCAGAGACUGAACCAACACUUAAGGUUGCCCUAGCGCUGGACAAAGUGUGGAAACCUUCCUGUCCCCUUUGGUGGUCACCUGCUCCCCACAGUGCCCCCGAGGACCACCCAACGUGCCCACUGGAAGCACACUGGUUGAUAAUCCCUGGCAAAGCCGAGACUGUGGGGGCUUAGAGCUGGUUAUUCACUGAUGCUUGGGCCAUGCUGAUCAGGAAAUACUUUCAAGGUCACCCUGGACCCCAGCCCCAGCCUUUGAUAGCUGUAGUAAGGAGCCUGUGGGCACAAAAUUAAAGUUUGCAAAAGCCGUGGAGUGAAAGGGUCAUUUCAGAACGGUGGAACAGAGGCAAAGGUCACCUGAGUGACCCAGCAAGCGCUUCUGAGUAGGUCAAGAGGAGAUAAAGACUCCCUUCACUCCCUAAUGAAAGUUGCCUCUGCCUCCCUGAGUGCCGGGAUUAAAGGUGUGUGCUACCAUGCCUUGCGAAAGCAAGUUCUCUGAUAUGGCUGUCACAUUGGACCCAUCUGAGGGUGUCCCUGUGGGUUACCGGCCCACCGAGCGAGACAGAUACAGGGACGGUGGAACAUCCUGCCAGCUCCUGCGAGUGGGGAGAGGAGGUGGUAGAAGGCCCUGGGUAUUAGCCUCCAACAGCAGGCCUGCAGUUUGGCAGGCUCCUAGCCAGAGAUUCAGUGUCCACUCACAGCCUUGCCAUGGGAAACACAUUUCAUGUUGCAGGUACUUGAACUGCAGAGCAGUCUUGACACCACAGAAAUGUGGCAGGAGUGGCUGGACCCUUUGGGCAUCCAUCCUGACUGGUCUUGGGUUUGUUCUCCCAGGAGACUGGGCAGGUGGCACCCACACCCAGCUGAGAACUCCGGUCCCCUGUUUCCAACCUUUCUGGUGGCCCCAACACUCUCAUCCCACUGCAGGGUGUUGCAGACCAGUAAUAAAGACGUUUAGUUCGGAAACUUCCA